AUGGAGCCGCGCGAGCAGCAAGUGGCGGAGUCGGUCCCCCUCCGCACAGGCAUGGCUUCUUCGCGAGUCAGCGGUGCGCCCGUAGCCUCAGUGGCGCCUAUGACUGUAGUGGUCCUCACUGACGACGGUCGAGAGAAGUGGGACAAGAAGAUAGAAUUCCUCCUCGCCGUCAUCGGUUUUGCGGUAGACCUCGGAAACGUAUGGCGAUUCCCAUAUAUCUGCUACCGCAACGGCGGAGGCGCCUUCCUGAUUCCGUACACAGUGAUGCUGAUGUUCGGCGGUCUGCCUCUGUUUUACUUGGAAUUGGCCAUGGGUCAGUACUACCGCUGCGGCUGCCUGACUAUCUGGAAGAACAUAUUCCCCAUCUUUAAAGGUAUUGGGUACGCCAUCUGCAUCCUCGACUUGUACAUGGCCAUGUACUACAACACAGUGAUUGCCUGGGCGCUUUACUACCUUGUGGCGUCGCUGGCCUCGGAGCUGCCCUGGACGCGCUGCGACAACCCCUGGAAUACAGCUACAUGUCGAACGCUUGCCGAACGUGCAAACGCCACGGGACUGGCCACUAGCCCAGCGCAGGAGUACUUCGAGCGGAGGGUGCUGCAAAUUCACCUAUCAGAUGGCAUAGACCACAUCGGAGGCAUCCGCUGGCCACUGGCACUCUGUUUGUUUGCAGUGUUCGUGCUUGUCUACUUUUCCCUAUGGAAGGGCGUCCGCAGCACCGGAAAGGCGGUGUGGGUAACGGCCACUAUGCCGUACGCUGUGCUGCUCAUCCUACUGCUUCGCGGCGUCACCCUGGAUGGAUCGCUGGAUGGCAUCAAGUAUUACCUGUACCCGCAGUGGGACAAGCUGCUGUCCAGCGACGUGUGGAUUGACGCUGCAACACAAAUAUUUUUCUCCCUGGGGCCCGGAUUUGGCACCCUACUAGCAUUAUCGAGCUACAACAAGUUUCAUAACAACUGUUACCGAGACGCUCUUGUGACAAGCAUAAUAAACUGCCUGACGAGUUUUCUGGCUGGCUUUGUGAUAUUUUCGGUCCUCGGCUAUAUGGCUCACGUGCUGCAAAAGGACAUCGAGGACGUUGCCACCGAUGGUCCUGGAUUAGUCUUCAUAGUAUAUCCUGAAGCUAUUGCUACCAUGAAGGGAUCAGUGUUCUGGUCUAUUCUCUUCUUUCUGAUGCUCAUCACUCUGGGCCUGGAUAGUACGUUUGGUGGUCUGGAGGCAAUGCUGACUGGUCUGUGCGACGAGUACCCGCUGGUCCUGCGCCGACACCGCGAGAUCUUCGUUGGUUGCGUCAUGCUCUUCAUCUACGCAUGCGCUCUGCCGACAACCACCUAUGGUGGCAACUACAUAGUAAGCUUGCUGGAUAACUACGCCACUGCUACAGGCGUCCUGUUCAUUGUGUUUGUGGAGUCCAUGGUCGUGUGCUGGUUUUACGGCACUAACCGCUUUUCCCAACAUAUCAAAGAAAUGCUUGGUCAUCUUCCGGGGCUGUACUGGCGUAUGUGCUGGAGUUAUAUAAGUCCCUUAUUUCUUUUCAUGAUGUUCCUAUUCGCCGUUCUCCGCUACAAAGCCCUGGAGUGGGAAGACUAUAAGUUUCCUGCCUGGUCCAUUUCAGUUGGCUGGCUGUUGACAGCGUCUUCCAUAUGUUUUGUUCCCGGCUACAUUGUGAUCGCUUUCCUGAAAACCAGAGGCACCAUGAAGCAGCGACUGAUCAUCUGCCUGCGUCCGCACAGCGUGGCUGCAAGAAAGCUCAAGCAAAGUGUUCCUACCUCAGUCUAGUCUCACUGUGUGCGACUUCACACUCCCCAAAAAUGCGCAGCUCUGUACCUGCAGAACGCCCCAAGGUCCAUGUUCGUCCUGCCGAAGGGUGGUAUAUGUGUGGCAACCAAGACUGCUCGUGUUUCCUGCAGUGAUAAAAAUUAUUUCCUUCGCAUUUUAACUUGCACGUUCGAGUGUACAUUUUGUGUAAAAUGUGGAGUUUUCCAUGAGUUCCUAGCAAACUUUUGCGUUGGUACCGUGCUUUCUUAUGCACGCACGCAGAAACAUAUGUAGCGCACUUGCAGUUGUUUUCUGUCAUGUCUUCUCACUUAAGCUCACUUUGUCUUUAAACCUCGCCUCAGUCACGUGGUGUUGCUUCACUUCAUAUUGUUAUAACUCAGAAUAUGAAAAAGAGUGCAUUAUUCACCUCUUUAAUGCUUGAAUAUGAGAGUAAGCAUUCCUCAAACAAUUUACACGUAUAAUCACAAACAUCAUGAACAAAGGCUAUUUGAUAUUGAAACUGCAGUAAGAGCGCAUGCGGUUUCUUGAAGCUGUGUUAUCACACUUCGUUCUUAUUUGACGAGAUGAAAAGCCAACGGCUACAAUUUCUGCAGUACAAGAUAAUAUUUAUAUAAUAGAUUACAUCAUUUCAGUGCGACGCAUUCUGAUUUUCUAAAUAAAUCAUUUGGCAUUGUUGUCCCAAAGGCGGAGUGUUCAUCUCACUAAAAUAAAUUCGGGCACCUUAGUGGACUGCAGAGCGAAGAAGCUAGUGUAGCACGUCUCGGAUGGUGCCUCGCACUCGUCGGCACAAAUUAAUGUUGCCGCAUUUUUCGCCACACGUCGGGUACUUAGCUUUCUUUUUUUUCCAUAUUGAGCUAGGACGUGAGUGUUUAUCGAAACGGAUACGUUUACGUUUGCAUUUAACUGUCACGAGCUCGUGUCUUUGUUACGUACAGUAUAAACAUCCAAGUGUAUGGUAUCCUGUCUUUGUUAGGCGGUGUUUAAACGACACAAUCGAACUUGCUAUUUUUAUGCAAUACUUACUGUUACUGGUACUGUUCCUGUUGCUUACUGUUAUGCCAUACUUCAUGUUGUAAUCGCUGUUAUGCUAUGGAAAU